AUGAAGUUUCUUAUUUUCGUUGCGCUGGUCAGCUGUGUCGCCCCAGCAUAUUACGAGUGCGAUUGGGUGCCAACUAUCGGUUGUGGCGGAAGCAUUCAUGUGUGCGAGUUGCGUGCCACUGUAGCAUGGGGGGCAUUCGACCGCGAAGAGGCUGAAGGCCUAGUCAUUUAUCACAAGAAGAUUAACAAACUGUUGGGAACACCCAUACGCAGAGCUGGAGAUUUUGGCGAAAAUUGUUCCUUCAAUUUGCAUACUGGUCCGUUCGUGCAAGGAAAAAACUUCUGCUGCAAAUUGUUCCUUUGA